AUAUGUAUAAUUACUGCCCCACUAAUUUCUGAUCGAAUUUCCAUCAGAAAUUAGCCAGUGGAAUUUUAACUAUACGCAUUAGCGUGUAUGACCCUCUAUUUUUGAGCCAUUCUUCCGAGGAGCUUCAUCAGAUUGUGAUAAAUAUCUGAUAAAUAAAUAAAAAAGGCAUUAAACUAGUGUGUAAAUGAAUAAUUAUGACUAUCAUAACUAUUAAUUGCCGUCCCUGCUUCCCAAACCCCUCUAAAAAGCCGGCCAGAAUCCUACUUUUCAACCCCUCAAAUCUCAAUUUCUUAUUCUUCUUUACAGUUUCAAUCUUUAUUAUUAUUAUACGUAGUUGAGAUUUAUGUAUUGAUUUGUAAGUGUUUAUGAAGCAAAACUGGGUAUAGGAAGUGGCCACCGACAAUUUCAGAUCUUCAGUUUCGAUCCAAAUGAUCUGUUUCCGUAGCUCAAUUUCGAUUGACCAGCAGUUAGCCAUGUCCAAAUCUGGGAUUUCGAAUGAUCCUUGUCUGAAAAUGAAGCAUAUUAAUCAGUUCCAUAAGAAUAGAAGGACAUCUCAAAAUCAGUUGAAUGUUCCGGCUUGUGAACGAUCUCGCUCUGCCAUAAUUGAUGUGAUAAUAUUGAUUGCUGUUAUUGGUGCAUUUGGGUUCUUGUUGUAUCCAUAUUUCAAGGCUUUAGUGCAUAGUACUGUUGAACUUGGUGGAGAAGUUGUAGACGUGAUGAGAGAGGAAAUUGUUCGUGCUCCGAUGGUGUUUGGAUGUUUAGGACUUAGCAUUUCGUUCGCUGCAAUAGCGUUAAUGGCGAUCACAGUAUGUACAGAUAGGAAAUGCGGGAAACCAGGCUGUCGUGGGCUUAAGAAGGCUGCUGAAUUUGAUAUACAACUGGAGACAGAGGAGUGUGUUAAAAAUUCAACUUGUGGGGCAAAAAAUGGGUUAAAAAAUGGACUAUUUCAAUUAUCUCGCGAUCACCAUAGGGAAUUGGAAGCUGAGCUCAAGAAGAUGGCACCGCCUAAUGGAAGAGCAAUUCUGGUUUUCCGAGGAAGAUGUGGAUGUUCUGUGGGCAGAAUGGAGGUUCCAGGAUCACGAAAGACUCGAAAGGCUAAGAAAUAGUUUUGUUUAACAUACUUUACAGAAGCAUAUAUGAAACUAAAGUAGCCAUAAUGAUUAGCAUAUCCUUUCUGAACAAUAUACAUUUGAAUAAGCUCAGUGGAAUAAACAGUGGACAAUAGACGUUAUCAAUUAUAGUAGGAACAUAUAUUUCAUUAGCUUUACUAUUUUAUAAAGUAUACUUAUUCUCUUUUAACAGUUGAUUAGGUGUUGCUUAUCAUCUUGUGGUUCUUUGCUCUUUACAUGGAUGAUGUCUUAGAUUCAGAAGAAGGUCCAUCUUGUUGUUUUCC